ACACUUUCUCUCUCCUCACUGAAACAUAGCACACACACACUCUCUCUCUCUCUAGCUUUCAAUUUCAUUUCACAGUGUUUUUCAAAUUGAAACCCUUCUUCGCAAAACUAGGAUUAGGUUAGGGUUUCUCCUUGCAUUUACCAUGGAAACCCUAACUUCCAACUGAAGUAAGCAUCCGAACGACGUCGUUUGCCUCCGCCGCCGGAAAAUGGGCAAUUGCUGCAGAUCUCCGGCCGCGGUGGCCCGUGAGGACGUGAAAUCGAGCUUCUCCGGCCACGAUCACGGCAACAAGAAAGACUCCGCCGGCGCCGGCGGAAACAACAACAAGAAAGCUCCGAUCACUGUCCUCGCCGGCGUGCCGAAGGAGAACAUUGAAGAGAAGUACCUGGUGGACCGCGAGCUCGGGCGCGGCGAGUUCGGCGUGACGUACCUUUGCAUAGACCGUGGCUCGAGGGAGCUUCUGGCGUGCAAGAGCAUCUCGAAGCGGAAGCUGAGGACCCCCGUGGACGUGGAUGACGUGCGGCGAGAGGUGGCGAUCAUGCGGCACCUGCCGCGGAACGCUAGCAUCGUGAGCCUCCGUGAGGCGUGCGAGGACGACAAUGCCGUGCACCUUGUGAUGGAGCUAUGCGAGGGCGGGGAGCUCUUCGACCGGAUCGUAGCGCGGGGACACUACACCGAGCGUGCCGCCGCGGCGGUCACGAGGACCAUCAUGGAGGUCGUGCAGCUAUGUCACAAGCAUGGGGUUAUCCAUAGGGACUUGAAGCCUGAGAAUUUCUUAUUCGCCAAUAAGAAGGAGAAUUCGCCUCUCAAGGCUAUUGAUUUUGGGCUGUCUAUAUUCUUCAAGCCAGGGGAGAAGUUCUCAGAAAUUGUUGGAAGUCCAUAUUAUAUGGCUCCAGAGGUACUCAAGCGGAACUAUGGGCCAGAAAUAGAUAUAUGGAGUGCUGGAGUUAUUCUCUAUAUCUUAUUGUGUGGUGUUCCUCCAUUUUGGGCGGAAUCGGAACAAGGGGUUGCACAGGCCAUUCUUCGUGGGCUUAUAGAUUUCAAACGGGAACCUUGGCCUAGUAUUUCAGAAAGUGCUAAAAGUCUUGUUAGACAAAUGUUAGAACCAGAUCCUAAACUCCGACUAACUGCUAAGCAGGUGCUUGAGCAUUCUUGGCUCCAAAAUGCUAAGAAGGCUCCUAAUGUUCCUCUCGGAGAUGUUGUCAAGUCAAGACUAAAGCAAUUUUCAAUGAUGAACAGAUUCAAAAGAAAAGCCCUUAGGGUCAUUGCUGAUUUCUUAUCCACUGAAGAAGUUGAAGGCAUUAAAGAUAUGUUCAAGAAGAUGGAUAGUGAUAAUGAUGGUAUUGUUUCCAUUGAGGAACUCAAAGCUGGAUGUGGAAAUUUUGGGUUCCAACUUGCUGAGUCUGAAGUUCAGAUGCUUAUUGAGGCUGUGGAUACUAAUGGGAAGGGAACACUUGAUUAUGAAGAAUUUGUUGCUGUUUCCCUUCAUUUAAAAAGGAUGGCUAAUGAUGAGCAUCUUCACAAAGCCUUCUCCUAUUUUGACAAGGAUGGGAAUGGUUAUAUUGAACCAGAUGAGCUACGGAAUGCCUUGAUGGAAGAUGGAGCUGAUGAUUGUACACAUGUAGCAAAUGAUAUUUUCCAAGAAGUAGACACAGACAAGGAUGGACGCAUAAGCUAUGAUGAAUUUGUGGCUAUGAUGAAAACUGGAACCGACUGGAGAAAAGCAUCUAGGCAUUAUUCACGUGGGAGAUUCAACAGCUUGAGCUUGAAGUUGAUGAAAGAUGGUUCUGUAAACUUAGGGACUGAGUAGUGGACUGAGUGUUGGCUUGUAUUCAAUCUCUUACCAAAUGCUGUAAAAUUCCUCCAAUAUUCUGGAUUUGGCUUCUUUGUGAUGAUUUUUUGGUUCUUUUGGUUAGAUUUGGCCAUUUUUCCUGGUGCUGUGCGAAUCACGAAGGAGUGCAUAUACCGAUAUAAACUCCCUUUGCUACUUCUGUAAAACACAGUGCCUUGGAGCCAAUGGUGUGACAUGCAUGAAUCCACUGUGUGUAACGACGGUUUGACAAUGUUUGAUUCAAAACUGCUACAUGCAGUCAGAUUAUGUUUGUAUAAGUGCUAAUAUCUUGCUUCUCUUCUGGGCUCUGAUUUGGUCAUUCUAUCCUUUACGAAUCACGACCACUGUCAAUGAUAUUAACUAAAAAAUGGCUGAUUCCUCCAAGGUCUCCCAUGGCUGCUUAUUCUUAUGUAGUUCUAUAUCUAAGGCUUACAAUCUGUUGGAUUUAUGGCACACCGUGUUGGAUUUGCACUAGUUAUUUUUUAGCUGUACUGACAGGGACAUGCUGGUUCAUUUUAUAGUUCAAUUAGCACUGUUUUAGGAUGUUUAUCUAAUCCAACACCAUUCCUCGUAUGUUAUACAGGAUCAUGACAUUGGGCCUUGACGAGGAGCCCAACUUGGCCCAUCGUAGUACAUAACCCAUGGACGUGUGGAUUUUCUGUUAAUAUAUCCGAAA